AUGAGUGCAAGGGAGCCCAAGGAGCUGAGGCUGGCGCUGCCGCCGUGUCUCCUCAACCGGACCUUUGCUUCCCCCAACGCCAGCGGUACGGGCAACGCGAGCGCCCGUGGCCCGGGCGCAGGAGGCGGCGGCGGCACGUGCAUCACGCAGGUGGGACAGCAGCUCUUCCAUUCGUUCUCCUCCACGCUGGUGCUGAUUGUCUUGGUCACCCUCAUCUUCUGCCUCAUCGUGCUGUCCCUCUCCACCUUCCACAUCCACAAGCGUAGGAUGAAGAAACGGAAGAUGCAGAGGGCUCAGGAGGAAUAUGAGCGGGAUCACUGCAGCGGCAACCGCGGCGGCAGGGGGCUUCCCCAACCCGAGCGCGGCCAGGCCCCAAACCAAGCAAAAGAAUGCCGGCUGGAGAAGCAGGGCGGAGACGCUGCCUUCUGCGCCUCAUCCAACGCCUCUUCUUCCCCUGGCCUCCCGUGCCAGCGUCCCUGUGCUCCUCCGCCUCCACCACCGGCCCCCAGUCCGCAAGGAGCGCACACAGCCUCCUCCAGUUUGGACCCAGCUGGCGAGGGCCUUUUGCAAACGGUGGUACUGUCCUGA